AUGAGAGUCUUUGUUACAGUUGGAACAACGAGAUUCGACGAUCUUGUUGAAGCUGUACUCGAUCCAUCUUUCCUUCAACUGCUUGUCAAGCAUGGCUUCAAUCAAUUAAUCUUGCAACAUGGACACUCUCCUAUACCACCACAGCUUCAAACUGCAUCCAUCAUCAAUAGACAAGACAACAUUAUAGAAUGGACUGAUACAGUUUCUGGAAUGACCAUUCAAGCAUAUUCAUUUAAACCAUCGCUGCUAUCAGAUAUGCAAUCAGCUAGUCGGAUAAUCAGUCAUGCAGGAUCUGGAUGCAUUCUAGAAGCACUUUACUUACACAAGCAACUCUUUGUAGUAGUAAACAGUAGUUUGAUGCAUAAUCAUCAACAGGAUCUGGCACAUAUACUUCAGCAGCAGGGCCAUUUGUAUUUUUCUAAUAGUGUCAGUGAUCUUGCACAAGUCUUUGCUGCUGCCGACUUUUCCGUGCUGAAACCAUUCUCUAAACCUGAUCGUACUGCAUUCAUGAACAUAUUGCAUGACAUGGCAGGGUUUCCUGCUCCUUGUUCUUCAGUGCCUCAUAAUGGAUUAUAA